AUGUGGAAUGGCGCGUUCGGAAAUGGGUCAGGUUUGCGUAGUGGAGGGGGGGGCGGUGGCGGGUACGUGCCAGCGCAGGGCUGGGAAUUCGUUCCCUGCUCCCGGGUGGAAAGAGAACGAGAGAGGGGCAGGGGGAAGAGUCGCAGCCCGCUCAGGACCUUCUCCUCCCCGCCAACAGUCACUCAGUUCUACGAACAGUCUCAUUGUGGAACUGUUGGAUCAUCACUGGAGCUUCCUCGGGGGCGAGUUCGGGCGCAUGAGCCAGGGACUCAUCACUCUCGCCUGAAAAAGAAAUUUGAGGGCUUAAAGAAACGCCACGGACAGGAUAAGGAAGAAUGGAUACGAGAGAAGGAGAUACUUUUAAGACAAGUUGCUGAGAUACAAGUAGGCCUAAUUGAAAUAAGUGCACACUUAAGCACAGGGAGAUAUUUUAUUCUGUGUUUUAGAUUAUACAUCUGGUUCACUACUAGUUGAACUACGUUUUGUUUUAGAUACGAUUUUCUGAAUGUUUCUGAAUGUAUUUAUUGUGGGUCACCAACUACAGCUAACUCUGUAUUGUUGUAUUGAUUCCCAGGGUGGGGAGAACAGAAGGAUGAAUGUUGCUGUAUUGAUUCUCAGGGUGGGGAGAACAGAAGGAUAAAUGUUGCUCUGUGUUGUUGUAUUGAUUCUCAGGGUGGGGAGAACAGAAGGAUGAAUGUUGCUCUGUGUUGUUGUAUUGAUUCUCAGGGUGGGGAGAACAGAAGGAUGAAUGUUGCUCUGUGUUGUUGUAUUGAUUCUCAGGGUGGGGAGAACAGAAGGAUGAAUGUUGCUGUAUUGAUUCUCAGGGUGGGGAGAACAGAAGGAUGAAUGUUGCUCUGUGUUGCUGUAUUGAUUCUCAGGGUGGGGAGAACAGAAGGAUGAAUGUUGCUCUGUGUUGCUGUAUUGAUUCUCAGGGUGGGGAGAACAGAAGGAUGAUUGUUGCUCUGUGUUGUUGUAUUGAUUCUCAGGGUGGGGAGAAACAGAAGGAUGAUUGGUUGCUCUGUGUUGCUGUAUUGAUUCUCAGGGUGGGGAGAAACAGAAGGAUGAAUGUUGCUUGUAUUGAUAUCAGGGUGGGGAGACACAGAAGGAUGAAUGUUGUCUGUGUUGCUGUAUGAUCUCAGGGUGGGGAGAACAGAAGGAUGAUUGUGCUCUGUGUGUGCUGUAUUGAUUCUCAGGGUGGGGAGAACAGAAGGAUGAAUGUUGCGUAUUGAUUAUCAGGGUGGGGGGAGAACAGAAGGAUGAAUGUUUUUGCUCUGUGUUGCUGUAUUGAUUCUUCAGGGUGGGGAGAACAGAAGGAUGAUUGUUGCUCUGUGUUUCUGUAUUGAUUCUCAGGGUGGGAGAAACAGAAGGAUGAAUGUUGCUCUGUGUUGCUGUAUUGAUUCUCAGGGUGGGGAGAACAGAAGGAUGAUUGUUGCUCUGUGUGUUGUAUUGAUUCUCAGGGUGGGGAGAACAGAAGGAUGAAUGUUGCUCUGUGUUGCUGUAUUGAUUCUCAGGGUGGGGAGAACAGAAGGAUGAUUGUUGCUCUGUGUUGCUGUAUUGAUUCUCAGGGUGGGGAGAACAGAAGGAUGAAUGUGCUCUGUGUUGCUGUAUUGAUUCUCAGGGGUGGGGGGGAGAGAACAGAAGGAUGGAUGAUGUUGCUCUGUGUGCUGUAUUGAUUCUCAGGGUGGGGAGAACAGAAGGAUGAUUGUUGCUCUGUGUUGCUGUAUUGAUUCUCAGGGUGGGGGAGAACAGAAGGAUGAAUGUUGCUCGUGUUGCUGUAUUGAUCUCAGGGUGGGGGAGAACAGAAGGAUGAAUGUUGCUCUGUGUUGCUGUAUUGAUUCUCAGGGUGGGGAGAACAGAAGGAUGAUUGUUGCUCUGUGUUGCUGUAUUGAUUCUCAGGGUGGGGAGAACAGAAGGAUGAUUGUUGCUCUGUGUUGCUGUAUUGAUUCUCAGGGUGAAGAACAGAAGGAUGAUUGUUGCUCUGUGUUGCUGUAUUGAUUCUCAGGGUUAAGAACAGAAGGAUGAUUGUGCUCUGUGUUGCUGUAUUGAUUUCUCAGGUGGGGAGAACAGAAGGAUGAUGUUGCUCUGUGUUGCUGUAUUGAUUCUAGGGUGGGGCGAACAGAAGGAUGAUUGUGCUCGUGUUGCUGUAUUGAUUCUUCAGGGUGAAGAACCAGAAGGAUGAUUGUUGCUCUGUGUUGCUGUAUUGAUUCUCAGGGUGAAGAACAGAAGGAUGAUUGUUGCUCUGUGUUGCUGUAUUGAUUCUCAGGGUGAAGAACAGAAGGAUGAUUGUUGCUCUGUGUUGCUGUAUUGAUUCUCAGGGUGGGGAGAACAGAAGGAUGAUUGUUGCUCUGUGUUGCUGUAUUGAUUCUCAGGGUGGGGAGAACAGAAGGAUGAUUGUUGCUCUGUGUUGCUGUAUUGAUUCUCAGGGUGGGGAGAACAGAAGGAUGAUUGUUCCUCUGUGUUUCUGUAUUGAUUCUCAGGGUGGGGAGAACAGAAGGAUGAUUGUUGCUCUGUGUUGCUGUAUUGAUUCUCAGGGUGGGGAGAACAGAAGGAUGAUUGUUGCUCUGUGUUGCUGUAUUGAUUCUCAGGGUGGGGAGAACAGAAGGAUGAUUGUUGCUCUGUGUUGCUGUAUUGAUUCUCAGGGUGGGGAGAACAGAAGGAUUUUGUUGGAUCUGAAGACAGUAGUGGAGGAGGUGCAGCUAGAGGUGAAGAGAGAGGAGUCUAAGAGGAGUGAACUACAGCUGCAGUACACUAAGGACACAUGUGCAUGGGAACUGGAGAGAGCUGAGCUGAAAUGCAGAAUCGCACAG